UUGCGAGACAGCAGAAUCUGCACUCUCUUCAAGAAUUGCACCGGACAUCAGCUAAACAAGGUUCACUGGAGUGCAUUAAAUUUCACGACCUUAAGCGACACAAGAUGAAAAUCAGCCUCGUGAGUUGUCUUUUACUCUUUGCUUCUGUAGCGUUUGUGAAGGGAAGGUAUCUCACGGAAGAAGACUUGUCAGAGGGCUUGGAAGAUGAACUCAAUGAACUUGAGCCAUGGCAGCUUGAAGACCCACACAUGAGACAUAGGCCAAAGCCAGUAAAAUCUCUGAAUGUGAGUGAUCUAUGUUUCAUUUCAUUUUAUUUCAUAUUGUCUUGAUUCGGGGUUUAUCUUAUUUGAAAGAGCUUUUGCUACCAGUUACCUUCGACUAAUGCUGAUACUGUUCGAAAAUGUGUAAGUAAUGUUAAUACUUUAUGUUAUGGUUAGUGCUGUGGGCAUUGCUGCUUUUCUAAGAAAAUUAAAUAUUUUAAGUAAUACCGCCAUUGCAAGUAAUGUUAAUACUGGGCACAUGUGUUAAGACCAUAUUAUAACAAUCCUUCGACUGCACCUGGUUUACUUAAAGUAGGCUUCUGGCCGACAUUUAGUAGAGCAAUUCUCUAGGAUAAAAUCAAAGGCGUUUGUACUCUUCUCCUUUUAUCUUGGACUGCCUCCAUUAACACUUACUUUUUUAAGCAUUUUAAAGUGUUUUCUUUUCUCUAUUAAAUGAAUCUUGCUAAUCUGCCUUAUAAUGUAUAUUCCCGGUGAUCUCACUUAAAUCAGAAUAGAUUUAUGAAGACCUGCAAGUUUUUUUUUUACAAAAUUUUGGGUUUCUCGUAUACCUGAUGUAACCUCCAUUUCAUUCUAACAACAGACAAUAGGUACGAUACCAAAGAGAAAUGCUGUUUUCUCGAUCGCCAUUUUAAAGGAAGGUUUAUUAUCCUGUUCUCACGUCAAAGUAAAUAUUCAGAGAAGGACUAAGGCGAGGUUAAUCAUGCACUAUUCCAUUUUCCAUAGGGUGCCGUAGAACUUUUGUUGGGUUGUUUCCGAGAAGAAGAUGGUCAGAUGAAAGAGAAAUGUAAAAGGAAAUUUAGAGAAGCACUGCCUAACAAUCACCCCGAUGUAGAGAGAGUGGUAAGUAAUUUUAUUUAAAGUAAACUUAUUUCUCAGACACCGUUCCUUCAAGAAUCACUCGAUUUCUGCUGCUCUACGACCUUGACAUCUAUCAAAGUUUAUAUGAUAAGCUGAUUCCUAUUCGUGAUCUAUUGGAGGACAGACCCGUAACUGAGGUCACCAUAAUAAACCAUUUUUAUUUCUUUAUUAUAUAAGCAUGGACUGCCCCCCCUCGUGUGCUAAUUAUUGAACGGACGUACCACUAGAUGGUAUCUAUUUGUUAAACUUUUGGCAAUACUUAAAACCUCAGUGAUCCAAGUCAGAAAUCCUAUAUAUAUAUAUAACAAAUUAUACCAUACCAUAAACUACACUUCUCAAGACUGAACUCAACUAUUCCACUACAUAAUUUGGUUUUAUCAAUUGAGUUGAUCGAUAAUGUAAGUUGGUCACCGUAAAGAGGUUUAACGCUGACGUUUCUGACGUUAAUCCUUCGUCAGAGCAAAUGGCGAAAAGCCCACGCUUGAAACGUCAGCUUUGAACCUCUAGUGGUAAGUCUGAUAAAACUAACUUAUCUUGUCAAUACUCCACCACCGACACAGCACUACAGUUUCCUUAAAAACUUACCCCAUUUAUUCCACUCUAUAAUUCAUAAUUUCUGGUCUGUUCUUUUCUUUUCUUUCAUUCCUUUUCUUUUUCCGUUUCAUUUCUUCUUUUCCUUGUUUCCAUCCUUUAUUUUUCCUUUUUUUCUUUGGGUUACCUUGCUCAGUUAUGUUCGUUUCUUUCCCAGGUUGAAUGUGCCGAACAAAGUUUUCAGGAAUGUAUAGGAGCACCAAAGGGGCACAAACCUAUGAAAUGCAUGCAGGAUUUCAAAGACUGCAUGAAAAACGAAGCAGAUGGCUCUGGAAUGUAGUUGAAAUUUCCUUUUUAGCCAUGGUGUACACUAUGUGUCACAAACACCAUCGAGGAAUAGCAAGUUAUAAGUUGUGUUUAUAGUGUAGAUGAAGACAAUUGCCUACAGCUAAAUAAAUCUUCAAAACAG